GUGCCGCUUUCGCACACGGUUGGUGCCACCCUUGUGAGGUUAAUUUCCUAAUUCUAACUAAUUUCUAGCCACAUAUAUACAGUUUCGUACUUAGCCGCUUAGCAUAAAAGGAACUCUUUGGGGCAAACCCUCAGUCCCUCAGUGUAUAUGUCUCUUUUAUUGGAGUAAAUAUCUGUUACGACUUGGAAAAGCUUCAAAGUAAUCAGCUAACUACGAUACUAAUCAAGUUAUCAUCAACCCCAAAAAAAUAUAAUUAUUUUCAUCAAGAGAAAAUGAGAAUUAACGACUCACUUUAGGAUAAUGAAGAAAUAGAUGCAGUAGCCUGUCUAGGUGAAUUUUCCCUGGAAAAUGCCUACGACCAUUUGACGGAUGUUCAGAAAGAUCUCCAUUCUGUAGUUGAACAGCUGAUGAAUGUAGCAUCGAAUAAUGACAUCGGCAUACUAACAUCCUCGGUGACACCGGAAAUUAUCCAGUCGAAACAGUGCCAAUUUUUCGAGAGUUUGAUAAAGCAUAUGAACAAUUUAGAUAUAAGAGCUGAACCAAUAAAUGGCACGAGUGAUUUGUAUGAACAAACAAUCCAAGAGCUCGAAAAUGGAGUCCGAAAAAUGAAAGUCUUGGAGACAACAGUUAAAGAGGAAAUUAAUGAUGUUAGGAAAGAAGUAAUUCGUUUGGAAAAUGAAAAUAAGGGCCUGCAGUGGAUGAAAGACGCAUGUAUUGGAGCAAUUGCAGAUGUCGGCAAUUCUACGUACGACAAAGAAAUUGCUUUGGCUAGCCGGUUAUUUGCGCAAGUCAAGGAAGAUUUAGGACAACUCGUGGCAGUGACGACUGUUAGCAAUGAAGACUUUCAAGAAGUACUAGCAGAGUUGACAUCUUGUCACAUGAAAGGAGGUAACGAAGUCUACAUCGAUCUGAACCCACGAUCAGCUGACUGCGUGAAUUUUCUUAUAGAAGCAGAUGUGGCAGCAUAUCAUCGCAAUGACAAAAGUAAAGUUCGUUUAAUAGACCUUAUUUAGAUUCUUGUAAAUAGUAUGAAUGAAUUGUUAACAAAAAAAUUAAUUACCAAUAGCUUCAUUAUUGUCAGCAUUAGAAAAUCGUUUUAUACCUUUUAUAUUUAUUGUAUUAUUAAAUAAUCACUACAUAA